AUGCCGUCCUCCGAGGUGUCAGACCAAUUCGAUCAAGAGCUCCUCGCUCUUGCAGGCGAUGCCUCUUCCGCCGAAGAAGACAACGUCCCCUCAGCAACGAAGUCCAGAUCGGGAUCCCCAGCACGACGGAUGUCAGGCAAAUCGUCCACGAAGAAAGGCAAGAAGAUGAGCAGGAGAAACACUGAUUCCGAGGAGGAGGGUGAAGCCUCAUCGGGUCAAUCCUCUCCCAACUCCCUUCGAUCUGCGCCCAUGGAUGAAUCCGACUCUGAGUCUGACGCUGGUCCUACCUUUCACGAUGAUGUCGAUCGAUACCCCUUGGAGGGCAAGUUCAUGGACGCCCAAGACAAGGCUGCAAUUAUGGCUAUGAAUGAGAUGCAGCGUGAGCAAAAGCUAGCUGAACGCGCCCAAGAAGUAGAGCGUGACCGUCAAAACAGAGCUCUUCGCCAGCUCCUCAAGUCCCGCGAGACCGAAACUAAGAAGCAAGAUAAGAAGCGCAAGGCUGGAGCUGCCGAUUUAGCAGAUGAUCAACGCAAGACUGCUCGUCAACGAACAAAACUUGGUGGCGGAAAGGUUGGAGAAGCAAGCACUGGCAUUGACAGUCUGAAGAAGGCGCGAGCAGAGAAAAACGACCGCCAACGUCGCCGUGAUGAGGACAAGGAGCGCAACAGAGGUCGCGGCACUAGAAGUGAUUACUCCGAUGGGGAUGCCGAUGGAGACAGCGAGGUUGAGUGGGAUGAUAAGCCACGGAACAAGAACUCUAAGUCGCCAGAUGUUCGCGAUGCCCAGCCUGCUGAACUUGUCGAUAUCCAAAGAGUGCGGGUUGGUCGAUCGAGCUUUGCCCAAGUGUGCUUUUACCCUGGUUUUGAUGAGGCUAUCACUGGAACCUAUGUCCGCAUCAGUGUUGGUCAGGAUGAUAAAACCGGAAACAAUAUCUACCGAAUGGGUCUCGUCAAAGGGUUUGUUGAGGACCGUCCAUACGCAAUUGAAAACUCCAAUGGCAAGCUUUUCAAGACUACCCAAUAUGUUCGCGCUGCUCAUGGAAAGGCGGAGCGCAACUGGCCUUUCAUAAGUUGCUCUGACCAACCUUUCACUGAGGCCGAGUGGAACCGCUACAAGCAAACUUGUCUUGUGGAAGGUGUCCCUCUCCCAACCAAGCCCAAGCUUAUUCAGAAGGUUCAGGACAUCAAUGCUUUGAUCCAUCGAUCGUGGACUGAGGCUGAGCUACAAGAAAAGUUGACCAAGUCUGGUGCUCUUAUACAAAAAUUCCUGCCAAUUGAGCGAAAUCGUCUUAACGGCUUGAUCAAAGAGGCGAAAGCCAACGGAAACGAUGCCAAGGUGGAACAAUACCAACAGGAGCUCGAUGCUCUCGAGGUACCUAAGUUGGCCUACGGCACAUCCUUGAGACCAUCCCCAAAGAAGUCUUCUGUCGCUCCAGGAAUGAGUCAACAAGAUCGUUUAGCCUUGCUCAACCGUCAAAAUCGCGCAAAGAACGCCGAGGAAGUUCGCCAGGCACAGAUCAAUGAGCGCCGCGCUGCGAGAAAGAUCCAGGCUGCUGUUGCUCGUGGCGAGGAAGUUGCUGAGGACCACUCCCGUCGUCUCAAGACCCGUGCCAAGUUCAAGCACGAUGUUGCUGAUGCAUACGUUGAGGGACAAAGCGGUACCAACAAAAUUUCUGCUGCUAGCACUCCUAAGCUCGCCGCCGAUAAGCCAACUACUCCUAUCCCUACUCUCGUCAAGAUGCAAACCGAGAAGAAGGGAAUCCCCACUUUCCGCCGACCUUUGAUGGAUGACGAAAUUAUUGGAGCUAUGGACUUGGGCAUUGAUAUCGAUAUCGUCUAG